CUCGCCUUUUCUUUCCAGCGCCGGCGGACUUGCCGCUCCCACAAACUAGUGGCAGUCCCCGCCGCCCCGCCGCCUCGCGUUCGGUCUCCGGUCUCUCCCCAGCCCAUGUGUCCGGGCUGCCGGGACCGAGACGCGUCCCUGAGUCCCGAACCGUCUCUCCGCCCGGGGAGAUUCUGCCGCGGGCCUCUCCAGCGCCGGGAGUAAAAGCAGCCGCCCGCCAUGGACCUCGUGGGGCUGCUGAAGUCUCAGUUCCUGUGCCACCUGGUCUUCUGCUACGUGUUCAUCGCCUCGGGGCUCAUCAUCAACACCAUUCAGCUCUUCUCGCUCGUCCUGUGGCCGAUCAACAAGCAGCUCUUCCGGAGGCUCAACUGCCGGCUGUCCUACUGCAUCUCCAGCCAGCUGGUCAUGCUGCUGGAGUGGUGGUCGGGCACCGAGUGCGUCAUCCACACGGACCCCCGGGCCUACCCGCGCUUCGGGAAGGAGAACGCCAUCGUCGUGCUGAACCAUAAGUUCGAGAUCGACUUCCUCUGCGGCUGGAGCCUGGCUGAGCGCUUCGGGGUUCUGGGGGGCUCCAAGGUCCUGGCCAAGAAGGAGCUGGCCUACGUCCCGAUCAUCGGCUGGAUGUGGUACUUCACGGAGAUGGUCUUCUGCACGCGCAAGUGGGAGCAGGACCGCAUGACCGUCGCCAGGAGCCUGCUGCACCUCCGCGACUACCCCGAGAAGUACUUCUUCCUGAUCCACUGCGAGGGCACGCGGUUCACGGAGAAGAAGCACCAGAUCAGCAUGCAGGUGGCCCAGGCCAAGGGGCUGCCCAGCCUCAAGCACCACCUGCUGCCGCGCACCAAGGGCUUCGCGGUCACCGUGAGGAGUCUGAGGAACGUAGUUUCAGCUGUAUAUGACUGUACACUCAAUUUCAGAAAUAACGAAAACCCCACCCUGCUGGGCGUCCUGAACGGAAAGAAAUACCACGCGGAUUUAUACGUCAGGCGGAUCCCCCUGGAGGAAGUCCCGGAGGAUGAGGACGCCUGUGCGGCCUGGCUCCACCGGCUCUACCAGGAGAAGGACGCCUUCCAGGAGCAGUAUUGCAGGACGGGCACCUUCCCCGAGACGCCCAUGGUGCCCCCCCGGCGGCCCUGGACGCUGCUCAACUGGCUGCUCUGGGCCUCGCUGCUGCUCUGCCCCUUCUUCCGCUUCCUGGUCAACAUGGUCAGCAGCGGGUCGUCCCUGACGCUGGCCAGCGUUGUCCUCGUCUUCUUUGUGGCGUCCGUGGGGGUGCGGUGCAUGAUCGGCGUGACGGAGAUCGACAAGGGCUCUGCCUACGGCGACGGCGACAGCAGGCAGAGACACGGCGACUGACUCGGGACCACGCGGCCGCCCGAGGGGACCUUGGGGACCUGGUGGGGCCCGGGGGCCGCGCUGGGAGAGCCCCCGCUGGGCGCGGGGGGUGUGGUCUCCACACCACCGGACGGGGCUGGAGAUGGGCUUAAACCUCUUCCUCGCCACUCGCUCGCGUGGGCUCCGGUUCUUUCUGCGUGUGUGUGCGCGUGUGCGUGCGUGUGUGUGAGAAACAACGCAGCGCAGUGAGGCUGGCUGACGUGCAGCCUCGGGCAGGCCUGGCCCUGUGAUCGCCGACGUGGGUGCGGCGUGGGGAGGGCAGCCGGGGGACUGUCCCCUGC